AUGUGAUGAGUCUGACCUGGGAAGUGUUCGACAUUGAGAGUUUGAACCUCUGCAUCUUAUUUAAAGUACAAUGUGAUUUAGAUUUCCUAAAUUAUCACUUGUUUGACUGAUAGUGUUGUGUUUGCAGGAGGCUUUCCUGUUGUUCUGAUAAAAGAGCAAGAUGGUGAUGGCAGGUCAGGCAGCCUCUGUGGCACUGCUGACACUUUUCGCUGUUGGUGUUGCGGACGCCAUUCGCACUUUGAAAGAAGGACCAAUGAUCGAUGCUGAAGGAAGGGAAUAUAAAACAUUAAGAUUUGACACAGAACGUCAAAUCAGUGAACCACAGUUCAAUGAGGGAUCCACUGUCGGUGUACGAUGCACAGAAGCGUCCAUGAUCAUUGUGGUGAAGGCUGACCUCUUCAACAAUGGACGCCUUUUGUCUCCUGGGGAACUUUUUUUGGGAGAAGUCAAGAAUUCACAGAGCAGUCAGUGUCGACCUGCUGCUGCUGCUGGUGACUCUGAAUAUGUAUUUGAAGCUGGACUUCAAGACUGUGGCUCCAAAUUCAUUACUUCUAAGGAUUCUGUGAUCUACUCAAACAAGCUGAUAAUCUUACUAGCUGCCGGCCAACAUGGCAUUACAAGGACGACCCAUGCUGUUGUUCCUGUUUCCUGUCACUAUAAGAGGACACAGUUUGAUGGCAGGAACUCUCAGCAGCCAUCCCUCUCUGCUCCUGCUAUGUAUUCAACAGAUGCUUUCUCUCUGAAGCUGAUGAUUGAGGACUGGACAAGAGAGACGCUCACCAGUGUCUUCUACACCGGAGACCUCCUGCACCUGGAAGCCUCUUACACCAGUCCUGAUGCGGGACACAGACGACUGUUUAUCGACAGCUGUGUCGCCACUCUGUCUCCUGACCCAACAUCGGUCCCCAGAUACUACUUAAUUGAAAAUCACGGGUGCCUCAUUGAUGCCAAAGAGGAAGGAUCCAACGCACUUUUCUACCCCAGAACAAGAGCUUCUUCUCUUCAGCUGCAGCUCACUGCCUUCCUGUUUCCCCAGGACACAAGGAACUCGAUAUUUAUUACUUGCCAGCUGAAAGCGACCUCUGAAAUGUGGAAGAGCAGCCCCAUCAACAAAGCCUGCAAUUAUAUGAAUUCAAGAUGGAUAAAUGUGGAUGGCAGUGAUGAGGUGUGUCGAUGUUGCGAUGAUACCUGUUACAGCAACUCUCCCAUCGGUCAUACAAACCUGGGACGUCUGAUCCCUGAAGAUUUUGUGGCUCGUGCAACUGUAACCCUUGGCCCUUUGAUGGUUUUUCCGAACAAGUAGGCAAAGCACAACAAUCCAGACGAUAAGGGAUUCAAUGUAUCUAUUGUAAUAAUUGUCUCUGCAUUGUUUAAUUAAAUCAACCAUCCUGAGUAAAGAGUUAGUUGAAAUACUGAAUACA